AUGCCGAAAUUCUAUCCAUCCAUCUCCGAUGAAAUGCGGAAAUGGGUCUUACGACAAAGUGUCUUCUUUGUCGCUUCUGCCCCCUUGCAAGGCCGCCAUAUCAAUUUGUCCCCCAAAGGACUACCAGAUGCCUCUCUGGCUAUCCUGGGUCCGAACGAGGCGGCUUACAUAGAUGCGACCGGGUCGGGGAGUGAGACCAUCAGUCAUGUGCACGAAAAUGGUCGCAUCACUGUCAUGUUCUGCUCUUUCGACGCGGCUCCCGGUAUUGUGCGCUUGUUUUGCACCGGCUCUGUGAUCGAAUGGGACCAACCGGAGUUCCCGCGCUAUCUGGACCGUAUGGGAGGCAAGGCCGUAGUUGGAGCACGGGCGAUCAUCCGCCUGGACGUGUUCAAGGUCCAAUCGUCAUGCGGAUUUGGAGUUCCGCGGCUGUCCGUGAAGCUUGAUCCCGACACCAACGAAUCCAAGCCAUUUUUCAAGGACCGAGACACACUAGGCCACUGGGCAGGCAAACAGGUGCAGGCAAACAAGCUACAGGCAUAUCAGAAAGAGUGGAAUUACCGCAGCCUUGAUGGACUGCCGGCGCUUUGGACGGCCGUGAAAGAGAACGAUAGAUUCGUUGGGGUGGCACAAUUGGGGAACUGGGCUCGUCGCCAUCGGGACGAAAUCGACACAGUCAAAACAUCAGUUUUGAUUCUGUUCAUCGCCAUCGAAAUUAUGCGGUGGUUCGGAUAUGUCCCUUGGGCGUCAGGGUCCGCUUCAGACCGUCAUGAUGCCAUGGCUGAGUUUGCACGCAAUUAUCCUCGAGAUCCGAUCGAUUUUAUCACCGCGGACUUCUUGAGCGAGGCGAACAUGUCCGGUGGAGCAGCACGUCGAGUGGACCAGAUGAGAGCUGGAUCAGCCACCACGACAGCGCCUGCUUAUGAGCCAUCGUUCCUGGCCGCCCUCGAGCCGGCUUUGGCGGACUUAGCCAAGCACAGGAUCAAAGUGGCGGUUAAUGCCGGAAACGCCGAUACGGAGGGCCUCUGCGAGGCGGUCGUGCAGAUGGUGAAGUCGAAGGGACUCGAUCUCAAGGUUGCUUGGGUAUCUGGUGACCAGGUACUUACGACGGUCAAAGACGCACUCUCAUCCGGCAAAUCUGCCUUCAAGAGCAUCUACACCGGUCAGUCCCUAUCCGACUGGCCCUUCGAGCCGAUCUUUGCGCAUUGCUAUCUCGGGGGCCUGGGGAUUGCAGCCGCUCUAGCCAACGGCGCGGAUAUUGUCCUGUGUGGACGAGUCUCCGAUGCAUCCGCCGUCAUCGGGGCUGCAUACUGGUUCCACGGCUGGAAGCGCAGCAACCUUGACCGACUCGCUAACGCCUUCGUGGCCGGUCAUUUGAUCGAAUGCAGCAACUACGUUUGCGGGGGGAACUUCACGGGUUUCAAGGCACUCGAAUCAGUCGGUCAAGAAGGAUGGACCAAUAUCGGAUACCCUAUUGCGGAGAUCUCACCCGAGGGGAAAGUAACCAUCACCAUGCAAGCAUACGCCACCGGCGGCGCCGUCACCGUCGACACCUGCACCGCGCAACUCCUGUACGAGAUCCAAGGCCCACGGUACCUCAACUCGGACGUCACCGCUCUUCUCAGCGAGAUCUCCUUCGAGCAGACAGGCACCAACCGCGUCGCCCUGCACGGCGUCCGUUCCGCACCGCCGCCCCCAACGACCAAGGUCGGAAUCACCGCCCGGGGAGGCUUCCAAGCGGAGGCGUCAUACUAUCUCGUAGGCCUAGACAUCGCCGCCAAGGCGCGCAUGCUGGAAGCGCAGAUCCGACACCUGCUGGCGCCCUACUCGUCCAACUUCACGGCCCUAGCCUUCUCAACUUUGGGGUCCGCAGCCGACGAUCCUCGCACCCAAGACAGCGCGACGGUGACCUUCCGCAUCGUCGCGCAGGCCCGCACCGCCGAGGCCCUGGCUCCACCGCGAUUCCUACGCCCCAUCGCCGACAACAUCAUGCAAGGGUACCCCGGCGCAACCUGGCACCUGGACACCCGGCAGGGCUUUCCCCGGCCCAUCUUCGAGUACUUCGUCUGUCUCCUGCCGCAGGCAGACGUCCACCACCGCGUGCAUCUCCCCUGGAAAUCCGACCCGGAUGCCCAAAUUGUGGACAUCGCCCCUCCGCUACCCGUGGAGUGCGCAUCCCAAACCGAGCAUCAGCCCCCGGAAUCUUUCUCCUCUCACCCCGCUUCAUCACUCGACUUCGGACCGACAAUCCGCGGUCCGCUGGGUUGGAUCGUCCACGCUCGGUCGGGCGAUAAGGGGCCUGACGCCAACUGCGGAUUCUGGGUCCGUCAUCCGGACGAGUUCCAGUGGCUGCGGCGGAUAUUGUCCGUGUCGACGGUGCGUGACCUGUUGGGGCCCCAGUAUGCCUCCAAUCCGAGCCUGAAGGUGGAACGGUUCGAGCUACCUAAUCUUCGGGCGGUGCAUUUCUUGUUCCGGAAUCUGCUGGAUCGCGGCGUGUGCGCGACGGUGACGGUGGAUUUUCUGGGGAAGAACGUGGCCGAGUAUCUGAGGGCGAAAUAUGUAGACCUGCCGGUGCGCUUUGUGAAUCGGGGGAAGCUGUAG